UGCCACGUCAACACAUCCCCCCUGAUAGAUCCACGUGUCCGGUGACGUCAGCUACCCAUGGUCCCCACACCGAACCCUUUAAAACUCUCAUCCAGCCCUAAAAGCGCCAAAAAGCACACCAUUUCUCUCUCGAUCAACAACUCACACCAUCACUCAGAACAAAGUAAUCUGAUGAUGGGUAAUAACAAAACAAACGAAAAGGGCAAGGCGCCAGUCUCCGCCGAUAGCGCAUCUUCGAGAGGAAUCUCACCACCCAGCAGCCUUACUAUUCUUGACGGAAACAUUGAUGAAGAUGCUUUCGAUUCCCUGCUGUCCCUCACAUACGCCGAUUUGGAGGAUUUUCAUCGAUCUCUUUCACAAGAGUUACCUGAAACUGUUCCAAACCCUAGUGGUUAUUCGACAAAUUCAAACAGCUUUCAGAAUCCUCAAAUAAACAUGAGUUCCAAUACUGUAAACACAAAUGUUCAACGAGUUUCAUCAUUACCUGACUGGAACAUGAGUUGGGGUCAACAAUCUGUGAAUCAACCUGUUCACACUCGAAACAAUGCCGGUUUCAGUCAAAGUCAAAGUGGGAUUCAAGGAAAUUUUGCGGAUAAUGGUUUUUUGAGUCUUCGACUUGGAGGUACUGAAGAAUCUGUAUCUAGAUCUCAAGCAGGCAGCAGAGAUAGUUCCGAUAAGCUAAAAGAAACAGCUUCAAAUGAGUUAAAUAUGGCUUGGGCUUGGGGUCAAACUUUAGAUGCUGGCUUUAUGGGUUUUCACAGUAACAAUAACGGGCUCUCUAAUCAGUUUUGUCGUGAGAACCGAAUGAACUCAACCAACAAUGAGGUUGAAUUUCUUGGUAGUCUAAAAGAAGCGGUUUCAACUGAGUUAAAGAUGGUUCAUGGUCGGCAAGCUACGGGUCAAUCUUCGGGUCAAUCUUCAACUGCUGGUUUUAUGGGGUUUCAUAGUAACAGUACUGGUUCAUCUGAUCAAUUUAGUAACAUGGAUGGAAUGAACUUAACCAACAAUAUUAUACAAAUACAACAAAAUGAUAGCAGGAAUAUAAGAUCUGGUGAUUUAAAUCAAUAUAGAGCGUUUAUAGGUAACCAACCUGUGCAUUCAGGAACUAUCGGUGGACAUUCUGCUCAGAUUAUUAAUUCACAACAACAUAACUUGAAUAAACCAUCGGAAUUUGAAAAACCUUCACCGUCGAUCUCUUAUGCGCGUUCUAUAAUCGCAAACAAACCAAGUUAUGCAGGACAAGUUAUUUCACAAAAUGCGACACCUAAUCAAGUUGUUGGAGUUGGAAGUAAUAUGUUUUCUCAGAGGACAGCUGGCGCUCAAGUAUCGUGGGGAGAGAGUGGCCCAGCUGGCAUCGAUGAACCGUUUCCGAAAAGGUUGGGGGUGGAGUUCAAUGUAAGAAAUAGUCUUCAAUCUAAUCAGAGACAUUUAUCUCCCAUGGGAACAAGCUUUCAGACAACAAGUACAGGUCAGGCAUGUCAAUUUCCAGAUAAAGGAUUAACUCGCCUGACAGAUCAUGUUCUUCGACCUUCUGUUGGUCGAACUGAUGGAGCUCCUGUUAGUUACCCGAUUAAUUCUCAGCAACCCUUUUUUGCUCAUGGCCAAUCUCAUAAUGCGCCGAUUCAGCUUGCUAAAGAUCCUCAAGGAGUACUUUCGGCCAAUGCUUCAACUGUCAUUGGUCAAUCUCAAAAGCCAGACUUGCAUAAUCGGCCACAUCACAAGCGAAGUGCGGUUGUACCCCAUCCAGAUUCUCGUUGGGUUCAACGCCAGAAGAUAAAUCAUCCAACCAUUCAUCAUUCUAAUACGCUAAAAUCAUCUAUACCUGUAACAACUACACAGGUUCAUCCUUCUAUUCCAGGUGGGCCCCGGACUCAACCUGCAGGCCCUGUUGCUGCUCGUACUCGUCCUGUUAUACCAAUCGUUAGACCUCGUGUUCCUGUAACAAGUACUGCUCCUGCUGCUAUUUCUCGUAUAACUUCGAAAGAUCCCGAAGCAACUCCUAAACUGAGUGGAUAUAAAUGCUAUCUAUGCAAGAGGGAUCUCGCUUUAACAUCAGAAGGCGCGGUGUACCAACCCGCAGCCCCACCACCCGUCGCAAUUCUUCCGUGUGGGCAUUCAUUUCAUGAUCAAUGCUUACAAAACAUCACGCCUGAUGACCAAGCGAAAGACCCCCCUUGUAUUCCUUGCGCUAUUGGCGAACAAUAGAUCCCGUUUUCUGACCCGACUUUAUAUUUAGAUCGUUUUUUUGGUAGAGGCCCGAAAGGGAGGAGGAGGAGGGGGGGGGGGGGGGUAGAUGUUGUAUAUACAGUAACAGGAGAGGUGAUAACCGUGAUAUUGAAUGUCAUCAAUUGGAUGGGGUUUUUGAUAUAAAGGCAGAUGGGAUGUAAAUGCUUUUACAUGAUCAUAGUCUUUUGUUGUUCUAUACUAGGAUGUUUGGGGCUUUUGUGAUUUGGUUGCCAUGUUUUAUAA